AUGUCGUACCAGCCGGGCUUCCGCAGCGUCGCAUACUUCGUCAACUGGGCCAUCUACGGUCGCAGUCAUCAACCACAAGACAUCCCAGCAGAAAAGCUCACUCAUGUGCUAUAUGCCUUCGCCAACAUACGCCCCGAGUCGGGAGAGGUCUACCUUACCGACCCGUGGUCAGACACCGACAAACACUACCCAAGCGACAGCUGGAAUGACACCGGCAACAAUGUCUACGGAUGCAUCAAGCAGCUCUUCUUGCUCAAAAAGCGCAACCGCAACCUGAAGAUACUUCUAAGCAUCGGUGGAUGGACAUACUCCAGCAACUUCGCCGCUCCAGCCUCAACCGAACAAGGUCGUCGCACCUUCGCUACCAGCGCCGUUCGCCUGCUCAAGGACCUUGGACUCGACGGCCUGGACAUUGACUGGGAGUACCCGAAGUCGGAUGCAGAGGCCAACGAUUUCGUCAAGCUUCUUCAGGCCACACGCCAUGCCCUCGAGGAGUACUCGCAGUCAUUGCCAAAUCGGCCACAUUUCCUGUUGACGAUCGCAUCGCCGGCAGGUCCUUCGAACAGCAAAUGGCUCAAGCUCAGGGAGAUGGACCAAUGUCUGGACUUCUGGAAUAUGAUGGCUUAUGACUUUGCUGGAUCAUGGGAUGCGACUGCAGGCCAUCAGGCAAACAUCUAUCCAAGCCAGCAGCGACCGCAAAGCACACCAUUCAGCAUUGACCCUGCAGUACGCUGGUAUGUCGAUAAUGGAGUGCGUCCGGACAAGAUUGUCCUUGGCAUGCCCCUCUACGGUCGAGCUUUCCAGAAUACUGAUGGACCUGGUGCUGCGUACAAUGGUGUUGGCGAAGGCAGCUGGGAGAAUGGCGUAUGGGACUACAAGGCCCUCCGACGCCCGAAUUCACAAGUCUGCCACGACAACCAAGCCGUAGCAUCUUGGUGUUACGACCCGUCAAGUAGGACCAUGGUAUCCUACGAUAGCCCACAGGUGGCAACCCAGAAAGUACAAUACAUCAAGCAGAUGGGUCUGGGCGGAGCAAUGUGGUGGGAGACUAGCGGUGAUCAGCCUCGGGAUCAUCCCGAGAGUCUGAUCAAGAUCACUGUGGAGGGUCUGGGAGGAUAUGGAGGAAAGCACAUGGAGCAGGCCCCGAAUGUGCUGGAGUACCCGGAGAGCAAGUAUGAUAAUUUGAAGGGUGGUAUGCCGGGAGAGUAG